GAGCCCGAUCUCCGGCGCGGCGCGGCUCCCCCGACGGAGGCGACGGGCGCGGGGCGCGCUCUGAGGCCUGGGGAUGCGCCGCCGCCUCGACCAUGGGCGCCGUCGCCUCCCGGAGGAGGGCGCUGCGGAGCGAGGCCAUGUCCUCGGUGGCGGCCAAAGUGCGAGCAGCCCGAGCGUUUGGCGAGUACCUGUCCCAGAGUCACCCCGAGAAUCGAAACGGUGCAGACCACCUGCUGGCUGACGCCUACUCUGGCCACGACGGGUCCCCCGAGAUGCAGCCUGCCCCCCAGAACAAGCGCCGCCUCUCCCUCAUCUCCAACGGCCGCUAUGAGGGCAGCCUCCCAGAGGAGGCCGUCAGUGGAAAGCCAGCCGGCGAGGGCCCCCAGCCCCGUGUGUAUACCAUCUCCGGGGAGCCGGCCCUGCUCCCCAGCCCGGAGGCCGAGGCCAUCGAGCUGGCUGUGGUGAAGGGGCGGCAGCAGCGGGAGCGGCACCCCCGCCACCAUAGCCAGCCCCUGCGCACCAGCCCGGGCGGCAGUUGUGAGGACGUCAGCAGACCCUGCCAGAGCUGGGCGGGCAGCCGCCAGGGCUCCAGGGAAUGUCCCGGAUGUGCCCAGCUUGCCCCCAGUCCUUCCCCUCAGGCCUUUGGGCUGGACCAACCGCCUCUGCCUGAGGCCACCAGCCGCCGCCAGAAGCUGGAGAGGAUGUACAGCGUUGACCGCGUGUCUGAUGACAUCCCCAUCCGUACCUGGUUCCCCAAGGAAAACCUCUUCAGUUUCCAGACAGCAACCACAACUAUGCAAGCGAACUUCCGCAAACACCUGCGCAUGGUCGGCAGCCGGCGGGUGAAGGCCCAGACGUUCGCUGAGCGGCGCGAGCGGAGCUUCAGCCGGUCCUGGAGCGACCCCACCCCCAUGAAAGCCGACACCUCCCACGACUCCCGAGACAGUAGUGACCUGCAGAGCUCGCAUUGCACCUUGGGCGAGGCCUUUGAGGACCUGGACUGGGAGACGGAGAGGGGCCUGGAGGCUGUAGCCUGUGACACUGAGGGCUUCGUGCCACCCAAGGUCAUGCUCAUCUCCUCUAAAGUGCCCAAAGCUGAGUACAUCCCCACCAUCCUCCGCAGGGACGACCCCUCCAUCAUUCCCAUUCUCUACGACCACGAGCACGCCACCUUUGAGGACAUUCUGGAGGAGAUCGAGAAGAAGCUGAACGGCUACCACAAGGGGGCCAGAAUCUGGAAGAUGCUGAUUUUCUGCCAGGGCGGCCCAGGACACCUGUACUUGCUCAAGAACAAGGUGGCCACCUUUGCCAAAGUGGAGAAAGAAGAGGACAUGAUCCACUUCUGGAAACGGUUGAGCCACUUGAUGAGCAAAGUGAACCCGGAGCCGAACGUCAUCCACGUCAUGGGCUGCUACGUCCUGGGGAACCCCAACGGGGAGAAGCUGUUCCAGAACCUCAGGACCCUCAUGACCCCUUACAGGGUCACCUUCGAGUCCCCCCUGGAGCUGUCAGCCCAAGGGAAGCAGAUGAUCGAGACCUACUUUGACUUCCGGCUGUACCGCCUGUGGAAAAGCCGCCAGCACUCGAAGCUGCUGGACUUUGAGGACGUUCUGUGAGGGGCAGGUCCACCACCCGGCCGCUUCCUCGGACCAGCGACGGGGGCUGGGCCGCUGUGUGCUGCCCAGUACCAUGUGG